UUACUAACAGCCGUCUUAAAAUGUAAUGGCGCAUUUACACGGUGGUUUACGGGCAACGGGCUGAAGUUGUAUUUUUACAGUGAGAGGCUGAAAGGAAAACGCUAAUGCUUCAAACAUCGGUGAGCAGCAGCAGACGCUGAGCAUCUCUUCCAGACAGUGGACAAAGCUGGCUAUCUCAGUGCACUAUUAAACCACGUUAGGAAAGCACAGUUUGGGUCUGUGCGGGGACUCGAAGCUGUCGUCGCAGUAAAGGAGUCUAAGAUGCCCUAGGCUGGGAGAAGGGAAAUGUAAAUGGCUUCCAAAGUAAAAGAUGCUGUGGUGUGGUACCAGAAAAAGAUUGGCGCCUAUGACCAACAGAUAUGGGAGAAAUCAGUGGAGCAGCGAGAAAUAAAGUUUAUUUCUCUGGGCUUUAGGAACAAGCCAAAGAAGACAGGACAUGUCAAACCAGACCUUAUAGACGUAGACUUGGUUAGAGGUUCGGCGUUUGCCAAGGCCAAACCAGAGAGUCCCUGGACGUCACUGACCCGGAAAGGCAUCGUCAGAGUUGUCUUCUUCCCAUUCUUUUAUCGAUGGUGGAUCCAGGUCACCUCGAGAACCAUUUUCCUCUUACUGCUGGCUCUCUAUUUGCUGCAAGUGGCAGCAGCAGUCCUGUAUGUGACCAUCCCCCAGCCUCAUGGGAUACCGACCACCGAGGUGUUUGGAGCCAUCUGGCUCAUGUUGCUGCUGGGCACCGUCCACUGUCAGAUCGUCUCCACCAGGACCCCAAAACCUGCCUCCAGCAGCGGGGGGAAGAGACGCAGGAAGUUGAGGAAGGCAUCUCAGAUGGAGGUGCAUAGGGAAGGCGACGGGUCUAGCACUACCGAUAACACACACGAGGGGGCGCCACACUCCCACUCAGCCAGCACCACAUACAGCCUGGGCGCACUCUUCCAAGAUUUCUGGCAUGAUAUCUGUAAAGCUGGAUCUAAGAAGUCCAAACUGUCCAUCGACAAGUCGACAGAGACAGACAACGGCUACGUGUCACUGGACGGCCGGGUGACCAAUCGGAGCAGCGAGGAGGGGCUUCAGCUCCACGAGCAGCGAUGUCAGUCGCUAAACAGGGCUGACGAGGUGUGCUGGAACGCUCAUGUCCAGUCCGUACACACUCAAUCACCCCGCAGCGCGGGACUGAUGCUGGCAAGCGCCAAUAAGGAGCCAGCAUCAGAUGAGGCAUCCAGUGAGGAGGACCCUGAAGCAUCCUACAGCGCACUCCGCAGGGGAGUUGAAAGAAUGAACAGCGACUGUACGCUCAGAAACCGAAAGAAUACACACCACUACAAGAAACACUACGCUGCGGAGGACGUGCCCAAGUCCGGCACCAGCUGCAGCUCCAGAUGUUCCAGUCUGAGGACUCAUGACUCGGAGAGCACUCGACAUGAGUCUGAGACAGAGGACCUGAUGUGGGAAGACUUUCUUCACUGUGCAGAGUGCAGAUCAUCCUGCACCUCAGAGACAGAGGGAGAAGGAGGAGGGACACCCGUCUGCCCCCCUGCUAAAAAGGAAUACAGAGAUGACCCUUUCCAUCAGGGUCAUGCUCCCUGGAUGCACAGCUCCAACCCUGGUUUAGAGAGAGUGAGCGCCAUAGUGUGGGAGGGAAACGAGUGUAAGAAGGCCGACAUGUCCGUCCUGGAGAUCAGCGGCAUGAUCAUGAACAGAGUUAAUCUCUACACACCUGGUAUUGGUUACCAGGUCUUUGGCAACCUUGUUUCAGUGACUCUCGGCCUCACACCGUUUGCAUACAGGCUGGCUCAGUACCGUGACUUUGAUCAGCUGACCACACUCUCAGCCAAUGAGCUGCUGUCUGUGGCGCUGGGAGGCGGGUCUGGAUCAGACGCCUUGGUCAUCACCAUGGUAACACUUAGCUUCCUGGUGCGCGUCUGCCUUAUAUGGCUCUUCUUCUUCCUGCUCAGUGUCGCAGAGAGGACCUACAAACAGAGGCUACUGUUUGCCAAGCUGUUUGGUCAUCUGACUUCAGCCCGCAGAGCCAGGAAGUCUGAAGUCCCCCAUUUUAGACUGAAAAAGGUUCAGAACAUCAAGAUGUGGCUCUCACUACGCUCCUACCUCAAGAGACGGGGUCCUCAGCGUUCAGUGGAUGUGAUCGUGUCGUCUGCCUUCCUGCUCACCCUGUCUGUCGUCUUCAUCUGCUGUGCCCAGUUGCUCCACAUCCAUGAAACGUUCCUGGAGUGUCACUAUAACUGGGAGCUGGUGAUCUGGUGCUCCAGUCUGUCUCUGUUCCUGCUCAGGUUCGUCACGCUGGGCUCUGAGACCAGCAAGAAGUACAGCAACACCUCCAUACUGCUCACUGAACAGAUCAACUUGUAUCUGAAGAUGGAGAAGAAGCCUAACAAGAAGGAGGAGCUGACACUGGUGAACAAUGUCUUAAAACUGGCUACCAAACUACUCAAGGAGUUGGACACUCCUUUCAGGUUGUAUGGUUUGACUAUGAACCCUCUGCUCUACAACAUUACCCAGGUGGUCAUCCUGUCCGCUGUGUCGGGAGUCAUAUCUGAUCUAUUAGGGUUUAACCUGAAGCUGUGGAAGAUUAAAUCGUGACAGUGAACAGAGAAACGGCGUUGACCCUGAAUGCUCGUCUAACUGAUUUAAUGAAAGCCUGAACGUAGGUCUCGACAUAUCGGAGUGCUUUCACCUUCAACGUUACCACUUUGUGCAAUUCAAAAACUAUUUAUUUACCCACUCAGUGUUUUUACUUAGGGUUUAUUUGAAUUGUAGUUUUGUUUAACGACACAGAACAAUGUCUACAAAAAGUAUAAGUAUUAUUAUUAAGCAUAACUAUGUUUGUUUAACAUGAUGGUUUAGGUUCUCAGCUGCAUUUGCAACAGUUCAGUUUUAAUUUCAGCUCACAUACUUGGAGGCAAAAGUAUUGAGCUGUCGAUGGGACAACCAUUUUAUUGUAAUUAUUGUGUUAAACUAUUUAUGUUGAUUAUAUUUUAAAACACAAUUUCGAACUCUGUUACAACCUUAAAAGUCUGUUACAAAAAUACGUUAGUCAAGACGAGUUUCUAAUUUAAUUGCAACCUAAUGGUUACAUUUGAAUUGAUUAAAACAUUGUUAGAUGCUUCAACCACAGAGUACACCCUCAAAACUAUAGUUACAAGGAUACUUUAUUAUCUCAUAUUUCGCUGCUUCAUGCAGACAAUGGUCAACUAAAAUUCCUGGCAUUUGACAAAUAAUCUCUAUUCCCUAUUUUUACCAUCUCCCAGGUGUUGACCCUUAAGAAAAAAAUGACAUGUAUCUGUUAAUGAAUCAACGAGUUUUGCAGAUAGUUUAUUUUCUGACUUACCUGAUACAAUUGUUGCUGGGUUUUGUUCUCACUGGGGAGAGGUGAAAUGCCAGACGACAUCGGCACUGCAAAGAAACAAUCAUCCAGUUAAUGAAAAUAACAUAAUAGGUGACAUUUACAGAAAACUCUGAAGUUUAAACUGAAGUUUUAAAAAGACCCCUUGAUUUCAUGACCCAUAUCGUUUGACGGUAUUUCCAGUAAUACGUGUACUUUAAGUAGAAACAUGGUUAAAAUGACUGUUAGCUGAGCGUGACGACUUAACUUUUGUUAAGUGCAAAUAUUAGGACAUUGGCUUAUUCCCUGCACGUGAAACUACUUCCUAAAUUGGUAAACAUACGAUCACUUCCUUUUUGUAUUAGAUUGGAGUCAGGUGUCGUUUUCUUGUUUCUGUGAUGUUCCUGAUUUGUUGUUUCUGUUUGCGUUUACACAGAUUUGUGUCCAACUGAAACUGUCUGAAAUGUUUGCUCUAUAUAGAAAUAUGAAUUUACCACUUGCUAUAGAGGAAACUAUUGGGUGUAUAAUCUAUAGAAAAUAGUGAAUGAGAGGGUGAUUUUGACCACAAUGUAUUGUUUUUAUUCUAAAAUAAGUAAUGAUAUAGUACUACAAAACAAUUCAAUUUAGCUUUUUGGAGCUCCUCUGACAAAAAUGAGGAAUUAUUUUAGUAUUUGUAGCUGUGUUGCAGUUUGAACACCUGCAUAUAUCAUAGCAGCAUGAAGAGUUUAGCUCUUGAAAAACAUUUUUUUUUGGACUGUCUGAUUGGUCAGUUUGUGUCAGCCAAGAUUAAACUGUUCCAUCAUGUCACCAGUUUAGAAAUUCAGUGGAUUUUGUACAGAAUUUGAUAUCAAACUCUCAGAGCUAAUUAGACGGUAGAUUCAUGUGCAUGACAAGUAAAGUCAGUCCGUCACAGGUUUCUAAACACUCAAGUUAAACAUGAAUGAAGAAAUGCACUUUAAAAACAGAUUUAAAAUAGAAAGGUAGAAGUAACAUCUUGUUUCAAUGUCAAGAGAAAUUUAUUUGUACCUCAACUGCUUGACACAGUAUGCAUUUGCUAUUCAAGCGAAUGCUAGCUCUGAAUUUAAGAAUAUUGGAUCGACAAUUCACAUCACUCUCUGUAGUAAAUCCCACAUGGUACAUGCAGUUAUCAUACCCACAGAAAAUAUCUUAAAUGUGAUUAAAAUGUUGCCUCAGCUAUCGGACUUUCAUUCAUAAAAAUGCUAGCAUAAUCAGCUUCAGUGUAUUUGAGGAGGAAGACCAAAGUGCUUAUUUUAGUUUUGUCUCUGCUGGAAAAAAGAAUGUAUUUGCAGUACUAUGCUUUAAAAUAUACUUGUUUCCCUUUGGAAAUACUUUAAGUUGUAUUAUUGUGUGCUUUUUGUUCUUUCAUAAUUAAUUUGUAAAGGUUGUUUCUCACACUUGUGGGAAAGGAGAUGCACGUUUUAUUGUGUUUUUAAGGAACAAAUAAGUUUGAAAUGUAUGUAUGGAAAUGAAUCUAGUUAAAAGACUCCAUGUGUUUCUGUUUCAAAGGGUCUGAAUAUUGAAUUUUUUUGUGAACUGGUCUGUCUACAAGGUCUACCUUUUUAUAACAAAAAUAAAAAAAAUUGAUGUUGACUCAC